AUGGCAAUUCCAUCUUCCAACAAUAGCACCGUCCUCAUAACCGGUAUAAAUGGUUAUAUUGCCAGUGUCCUUGGUAUGCAACUGCUAGAAGCAGGGUACUCUAUUCGCGGUACCACACGUCGUCUUUCUAGUGUCGAUCCGCUUCUCGAAGGUCCUUAUGCACCUUAUAUAGAUCGAGUGAACAUAUAUGAGGUACCUGAUAUGACAGUUUCUGGAGCUUUUGAUGAAGCUGCUAAAGGUGUCCAUGGAAUAUUUCACACCGCAUCUCCAAUCGACAUGAGUCUGACAACCUACGCCCAAAUGGUCACACCUGCCGUAGAUGGCACCAAAACGCUUCUAAUCUCCGCCCAAAAAGCUGGUCCGCAACUCAAAGCAGUAGUAGUAACAUCUUCCGUCAUCGCCGUCAUUAACCCUCGCACCGACUCCCACGUCUUCACCGAAGCGGAUUUUGCAUCCGAAUACCUUGCGCAAGCACAACUCGAUCUAAAAGAAGGGCGUCAAACCCACCCAGGAGUCCUCUACGGAGCCUCCAAAACAGCCGCCGAUCAAGCUGUCUGGAAAUUCCUCAAAGAAGAAAAACCAGCAUUCUCCAUCUCGACCAUCAACCCCGCUGUAGUAAUCGGCCCUCCAGUUUACCUCCCCAAAACAGGCGACAAAUUAAACGAAACACUCAAACCAAUCUGGAGCAUGCUCUCAGGAAACACCAAAACCAUCCCUGACAAUAUCGGAAACGGAAGUUGGGUUGAUGUCCGUGAUGUGGCCUAUAUGCACAUCUGGGCUUUUGAGCAUCCGGAAAAAUCAAACGGAGAACGUUACAUUGGAUGUGCCGGAAUCGGUCCCUGGCAGGCACAUGCCGAUAUUGCAAGGGUCUAUUUCAAGGAGAAGGGCGAAGAGCAAAUUGUGAAAAAUAUACCCCUUGGAAACCCAGGAGAGGGAUACGUGGGAUACAAUAAGGAAACGGGAGUAGUGGAAAAAGUGGAAUUGGCACCUGACGCAUUGAGAGUGAGUGGUGAGAAAGCGCCGAGAGAGAUGGGCUUUACGUAUAAGAGUGUGACAGAGAGUUCGAUUGACACGGCGGAGGCUAUUAGACCUUUACUCUGA